UCCUGGGCCGGGAUCGGAACUUCCGCCCCGGACACGGAGCGUGUCCCAUUGUACGAGCUGCUCUCGAACCCGCGGUUGUUGCGGCGCAGCCAGUUUAAAUGCGUGAUUCCUCUAAAGUUGUUUCGCGUCGUUGUCGCCGGUUUAGCGCGUGAGAGUCGGUGUCACACGCGAACCUCACCGAGGAAGCACCGUGUUGUCAGCGGGACACACAGCGGCGGGUCUCCCCCCGGAGGAAUUAGUUCGUUAGCGGCGUCGCAGCCACCUUGCGGUCCCGCUAGCACCGGAGCUAGCUAACGUUAGCGGCGGCUGUUUGUUUUUUUUUGUUUGUUUGGUUUUUUUUGCAGCGUGAAUCUGACGGAGAUCCGCGGGGAAACAUGCCUUUAACCGGUAACGGUUGUGUUUCCGAGGGGAAAGAGCGUGAACGGGAGCCGUGGGUCGUCAACCACGCCGGCUGUCUAACCGACCUCACCCGGGCUGUCGCAGCGAGAGAGAGGGAGCACUUGACCCGGUACAGGAUGAACGGGUUCAGCACGGAGGAGGACAGCCAUGACGGACCGCCCGCACCGCCGUUCUACGGGCAGAGCUGCUGCCUGAUCGAGGACGGGGAGCGCUGCGGCCGCUCCGCUGGAAACGCCUCCUUCAGCAAGAGGAUCCAGAAGAGUAUAUCCCAGAAGAAGCUCAAGCUGGACAUCGACAAGAGUGUGCGACACCUCUACAUCUGUGAUUUUCAUAAGAACUUCAUCCAGAGCGUCCGCAACAAGAGGAAGAGGAAGACCAGUGACGAUGGAGGGGAAUCUCCCGAUCAUGAUGUGGAGGUGCCUGAGGUCGACCUUUUCCAGCUGCAGGUGAACACGUUGAGACGCUACAAGCGACACUACAAGCUGCAGACCAGACCUGGACUCAACAAGGCCCAGCUGGCAGAGACGGUGAGUCGUCACUUCAGGAAUAUCCCUGUGAACGAGAAGGAGACGCUGACGUACUUCAUUUACAUGGUGAAGAGCAGCAAGAGCCGCUUGGACCAGAAAGGAGACGGCGGCAAACCGUUGGACUAAAGCUUCCCGACAACAACCGCAGCAAUCGCCACGACAGACAUCGACAGUGAUCUAUAACCAUGGUGACAAACAAGCAUUAGCAAAGCUGGACACCACUAACUACAGCAACCACCGCUAUGACCAACUCCUCCCACAAUCCUGCAGCCAACUCGUCCUUCAGACCAGACAGUGACUCUCUCUGUCCUCAAAGGACAUCUCACAGAGAAGGAGGCUGAAAAGUUCAGGAUGGGACGAGUUCGCUUUCGCUAUUUUCUCCCUUUUUUCAAAUACACCCUGUCUGUGCACAUGUUGUCACAACGGUCUCCUCUCUCCUCCGCAAAAAGCCGGGUCCCUAAAGACUGUCGAGGACCAGGACUCCGCGUCACCGCAGGGUUUUUACGUUGUCACGCUGUAAUGUAACUUGUCGAUAUGUACAAAAGGAAUCACGUCCGAUCUGAAGUAACCUGGUUGAAUGCAAUGUACAAUAUUAGCUGCCUUAAGUGUAAAAAGCAAAAACACAUUUUGGUAAUUUUUCUUUUCUUCUCUUUGCCGAGUUGACUGUUAAACACGUUCACCAUCCACAAGAACGUGCUUGUGCCAAACAGAGACCGAAAGAAGAGUGUUGGUGAUGAAUGAUGCUGAGUGGGAGGUUUUCGUUUUUUAAUGUGAAAGAACAAAUGAAUUGUAGGAAAGCGGUGUCGCCUUCACUGAAUUCCCGUUCAGCUGUCGAGGGCUCGGGGUCACAAAACUGGCAAAGUCUUUUCGCACUCAUCUCUAAAAUGAUGACGUCGCCAUUUUCCAACCGAACGUGAUGCAUUUAAAGACUGUGGUGAAUGAUGUAGCAUUUGGCUGCGACCCACUCGUCUCCUUCAUCGUAUAAACACACAUGAGGAUUUAUUUCUUUGUGCAUUGCAGGCGUCGGUAGCUACUUCCUUUUUAAAAAAAAUAUAUAUAUAUAAUAGUUAUUUCCUCUUUAGUUGAGCCUUAAUUCUAUUGGUUGUAUAAAGUUGUUUCUUGGAGAUAUGAUUUAGUUUUCUUUGGUUUUGUUUUUUUGUGUGCGUUUGUGUGUGUGUACUUGUACUUCUGUGUUUGUGAGGACUAUUUCACAGAUGGAGAGAGGACAUUUUGGCCGGUCCUCAUGAAUUGAAAGGGCUGUUGGAUUGUUUGAUAUUAUAGGGUGAUGUUUGGGGUUAGGCGUUUAUUUGUGAUAGUUAAAGUGAAGUGUGGGGGGCUCGAGUGUUUUAUGUCAACAAGUGUCCUCAGAAAAGAUAGAAGUACAAGUAUGUGAGUGUGUGUGUGUGAAGCAGGGGAAGGUUGAAAGAGUAAAUAUUGGCACCUUUUUAAUAUUUAAGUGUUUAUAGUGGACGGCGUCUCAACUCUUGAUUUGAAGCUUUUUUCGAACCUGGAUGUAUUUCAAGAAGCCGGAUUGAUGACUGUAGAUUGUUCUUUUUGUUUUCCUUCCCAUAUUUAGAAUGUCACUCAGCAGAGCUCAUUCCUCCGCCAAGACCCAACAGUCACUUAAAUUCACUUAUGUUACUCAGACUCGUUGAUAUUAAUCCUCUAAAUAUGUCUGAUUUUGGCGAAGUGGUGAUAAUUUAAAACAAACAAUUCCAAUUCCUGGAUCUGUCCUCUUGUCCAGAUGCACACCAACAUUGAAUGGCUUCUUUCUUGACCCGUGUCCCAACCUUCCUCUGAGUUUUGUGGAAGUCUGUCCUGUCGUUUUAGCGUAAUCCUGCUGACAAACAAACGGACAGGGGAGACAACUGGAUUUGUGUUUCUACUUUAUGACUCUCGACUCCUUAAAGGUUUUACAUUUGUACGUAAACAGUGACUCUGCUAGUUUUGGCUGCAACUAAUGAUUAUUUCUCCUUAUUUCUUUUUAAGUAAUCUAUCACUGUUCUAGUUUGUGCAGUGUAUAAAAUGCUCUGCAAAGCUGAAAAUCACAUCUCUGUUGAACUUCGCCAUCAGCUGUUGGAUUGGGCCUUUUUAUUUUUCCGUAAACCACAGGCAGUGAUGAGAAAUGACCAGUAGGUGGCCUCCUGUGACCCCUGUUAACGUUAAACAUGAUGAAUUUGACACGCUUAUUUAAGUCCUCCGUGUUGUGCUGACGUCCGACUUCUGUUUGUCCUUCAUCUUAAAACGCUCGUCCUCUUUAACUGCCUUUCUUUUUAAAUCAUAGUGGCUACAUUGACAUGAGCGUACACACUGUUUGACCUUUUUUUUUUU